CUUUGGACAACGGCGUUCUGAUUCCCAGACUCUUAUUUCAUAUUUCAAGCGCUAGGAAGGGUUGCAAAAUUUUACAUCGGGAUCCAGCACCGUUUAUCUCAAGAGAGAAACCAGCCACUUCUAACUCUGGAGACGGCUUCCUCAGAACCAGAUCACCUAAGUGAGGACUGGGAAUCCAGAGACCCUCCUCAGAUACCCAGAACUAUCAUGGCUGAACCAGAUUACAUAGACGAAGACAAUCCUGAACUCAUUAAGCCUCAGAAACUCAUUAAUCCUGUAAAAACAUCCCGGAACCAUCAAGAUCUUCAUCGAGAACUCCGUAUGAAUCAGAAAAGGGGCUUGGCUCCUCAGAACAAACCAGAGCUUCAGAAAGUGAUGGAGAGACGAAAAAGAGACCUGGUUUUCAAGCAGAAGGAAGAGGAAGCCCAGAAGAAGAAGUCCGACUUGGAAAUAGAACUUCUCAAGAGGCAACAGAAAUUGGAACAACUUGAACUCGAGAAGCAGAAGAUCCACGAGGAGCAAGAAAACGCGCCCGAAUUUGUCAAGGUGAAAGGCAACUUGAGAAGAACAGCCCAGGAAUCCUCAGAAGCUCCAAACUCCUAGAAAAGAAAAACAUUUUUUUUGAGACUUGAAGCUGCAGCUCCAGUGGGCAUUGGGGGAAGGGACUUCUGCAAGACGUCUGGCAACCCAUUUGCCCAGGAGCGGAUGCAAAAACAUGGUCAAUACAAGGUCAAUUUCUGGAUCCUGUUUUGAAAGGGUGACUGCUUAGAAGUCAAAACUUGCCAGUAAUAAUACGGAGAUCAGAGGAUAAACAAGCAACCCUCUUUUUCCUAUCUAAGAUAAGAUGGAGAACCUAUUUUGAGGAGACGGGUUGCUUUUUUACUGCUGAUCGUGCUUAAGUGAGCAUUCUCAGGCUAAUAUGUCUGCAUUUUCCCCCCUCUCCUCGUUCCUACUUUGUGGAAUUCUGCUAUGCAGGAAAAAAAACAAAGUGCUUUUUUUGAGACCACUUUUUGAGUUACGUUCUGUGUGAGAACUUGGCUUCAGGAAUGGAGCUGGCCACGAGGAUCUUUUGUGUAAAUAGAAAAGUCCUUUAGACUUGAAGCUGGAUUUUUCCCAUUUAUCUCUCAUAAGCAGGAUGAACCACCACAGCUGUGAGGAAGGAAGAAAGCAAAGAAAGAAAGAAAGAAAGAAAGAGAGGCAAAUGCAAUAUUCCCAGUCAUUAGAUGGCUAAAAUAUAUUCUUGACCACAUCUGGGGUUGUAAGGAAAUGGGUAGUUUUUGCAAUGCAACUCUUCCCCCCCCCCCUUCUCUCCAACCCAACUUGGCUAAACAACAUUGUACUUCAUUAUUGAUUCCUCUUGACACAUGCUGUGUUUGCUAGAUCUACAUCGCAGCUGAUGUUUACUUCGAUCAGGGUUUCCAAAACUAUAUAUCUGGGUUUCUGAUUCUCAAGUGUUUUGCUUCUAACCCCGAGUUUGCAAAUAUUUUAUGGGACAGCCUGAGAACAUCUGUUUCAAAGAAGAAGCCACAAACCCAUCGUUCUUCAUCACCUGUGUAGAUUUAUUACUUUCUUUUAAGAUUAACAAAACCAGGCAAGUUUGCGAUAACACUGUUAGGGCUUGGCCAGGGAGCGGGAGUUUAAACGAACAUGAAAUUUUCUUUAUUUUCUUUGUUCUCUAUGAAAUCCAGUUACAUUUCUACCUGGAGGUAAAAGCCCAUUAAUGCCAGAGCAACUCACUUCUCGACAAAUGGAAAUCAAAUUGUAGAUUAAUUUAUCUCGGUAUAUAUUUUUUUCUUAAAUUGUCCACCAUCCGAUUCUUAUCUCAUUCCUGUUUUCAACUAGUGAGAAUCCCAGUGAGAGGCCAGGACAAAAACUAUGGAUUUCCAGGAAAAAAUCUUAGGGUAGGACUUUCCUCCAACAGUCCUAAGCUCCAAUUUGUCCAGUGGCAUCUCCAAUAGAGAAGUCAACAAAUUCAAGAUGGCAGCCGUGACCAUGUGACCAAAGCCCCUCCCUCCUUUUUUUUUUUUGCAUGGGACCAAAGGAGCAGAGCUUUGAUCACGUUGUUUUAGCUGCCAUCUUGAAUUUCUAAAAAUCUCCCCAUCCCCAAGACAAAUCCUGAAUUGGCUCCAAGGUUUUGUCCAAUGUUCCUGACUGGAUUCAACCAUCUUUUAAAAUGACCUCUUGACCAUCGGUCCUUUAUAAGAAUUCAGAGAGAAAGCCAUAGUUUCCUACAUAUUUUUUUUUUUUAAUAAUUUCAGGAAAUCCAUCUACUUACUCUUCUGGCUGAGUUUUAUGGGGCGUUGAUGGGAUUUUAGUAGAGUCCCUCAGGAAAAGAUAAUUUGGGAAUGCUUAUCCUGUUAUAUCAUCUGUGGCAUAUGAUACCAAGGUGGCAUUUUAUUUCAUUUUAUUUUUUUAAAGCCUUAGUUUCAGAAAACCAUUGAACCUUGAACCCCUGCAUUGAGGAAACAAAGCUAACCUGGAUAGGGAGAACUUUUAGCAAGGGUGAGCAGGGUAGCCUAACCUUGAUUUUAGUUCAUUUCUGUGAGUGCUUGUCACAUGUGUGUCUUGUUUCUUGCACUUGUUCGUUGGGAUUUAUGGAUGGCUGGAAACCCUUUGAGCAAGCUUUCAUUAGUGAUCACAAUAGGUAGGUAGAACAUUAGCAGUACAAAAAUCACAUUCAAUAACUCCUCAAAUAGGACCAGGUCCAUUUCAUCUUCCUGUUACAUCCAAGCAAAAUCCUUGACAGAGUUUAUAUCGGUUGAUACAAGUAAGUGACGUGUUUCGUCCUCUCGGACCGAUUUCUUGUGACCGACCGCAAGCUAUCAAAAUAAAAUCACAUUAUCCAUCCCAGCCAGUAAGAAAAAGGUUUCUGGGAGAUAUCAUUUGCUUCUAAUUUACAUCUUGACACAAGUUAUUUUUGUCACUGACUUGGAUUUAUAGGUUUGUGUCUUUUUAGAAGGACACAUUUAAAGGGCUUGAUAAAAUAUACAGUAUAUAUGUGUGUGUGCGCUGGUGGAUGGGUUUGCCACAUGAAUGGGAAAUGGGAGAGCUUGAUUAUUAUUAUUUUUUUGAAAAGGUGACUUUCUCUUGUCACGCCAGUAGGUGACAAUUCCAGCUUUAAUUUCUUCUUUUGGGACCAGAGGUGAUGAGAUUCUAUGCCACUAACCACUAACCUUCCCUUUCUCUACAUUAACCUGGUCACUGCAGCAGGGGCUUGGAGGUGGUGAGAACGCUUCUAACACUGUGGAUUUUCUUCUGGGGAAAGGACUUGCCUUAAUGGAUCCACCUACUCCUGUGUCUUUCUCCAGCUGUGCCAUUGAAUCCCUUAAAAGUUCUAGAGGUUCCGCUUCCAUAACCACCGCUUGGCUCAGUGGACAUCAAAGAAUUCACAACACUCGGUAUCAUAAUCCCCAAUGAAUGUUUGUCCUUUAGUCCUUUGUGUAUCGUAGUCUUCUUCAACUUCAUUGAAACCGGACCGUCUGCUGAAUGAACAUAAAAUUUACUCCUGGUUUAGUGAUGAAUAAAAUCAACUGGAUUUUUAAAAAGAUGUUUUUUCCAAAAACAACGGAAAAACAAAUUUUGCAAAACACCCUUCACGGCAGUGGUAGGGAAAAAGGUAGGAUACUGUGUCCCUCUGGCAGGAUGUAAUAUUUUUGGGUCAUCGAAGAACGCUGCGAGAAUUUAUAUUUCUGUUUCGUAUAGGUAUUCAGAAUUUUGUUUUAAGUCAGCGUGACAACACCCAAACCAUCAGUGUAACAUUAAGUCAGCUUUUGACAAAUAUUUUGGCAGCGUUCAGCUCUCUUUUAUUAGCAGAAAGCAGUCAAAACUUUCCCAUUUUUUUCCAGAAGUGUACCUGGAUAUCUUCCGCUGAGCUAUGUUAAUUUAAAAGUGAUAUUGUCUCCUUUUAGAAACGUUGUCUUUUAAAAUGCUUUUAAAAGAAUUUUUAGUUGGUUAAGGUGGCAAAUUAGUGCUGCCUCUAGGUUAGGCUAUUCUUUCAUGUCUUUACCUGUUUCCCAGUGUACAUAUAUAAAUAUUAAAAAGGGAGCCUUAAGGGGAUUUGUUUUCAUAAUUUAAUAUUUUUUGUAUUUUGCUCUUGCCUACUUGUUUUUAACAAAGUGUUACGAAAAUGAGGGUGGAAUUCUUAGAACCAAAGUUACUACUUAAUAAAAAUGUAUUACAUGCUUGGAA